AACUCAGGGUGUGAUAAAACCUCUAUUUGUUCAGUAUUAGGGUGGCUUGAGUCAGCCUGGAAGAAAGAUAAACUGACAGAAUACAGAACACAGAAGAGGGUUAGAUGUCUCAAUGCCAAAUGUUUUUGCAGUUCUGUUGUCUCCUUUGUAGUAUUCUCCAUUGUUUUUGGUGUCUCAAUGUUAGACCCACAGGGCUUUGUAGAAAUAUUGGAAAAAUUCUCUUCCUUUACUAUCAACAUAGAAGUAGCUUUAUUUAUAUUUUUAAUGUGCUUUAAUGCCAGGAGGAAAGAAAAUCUGAAGCAGCAGAUACCGUUACCGAUCCCGUCCCUGUUUGGAUAUCUACUGUACCUGGUUCCGCUGUACUUUGGUUUUGCUGUGAUAUACGACGUGGGAUUAUCUAUAUAUGGCAUAGUGAGUGAACACUCAUCUCAGGCUGACCACAGGAUCUCAAACCAAACUUCUACCUUCCCUUUAACCUCUGUGGUGACUACUUCUUCCAUGCUUAUCAAUAAUUUAUCAACAGUCACACAUGUACCCUUUGUUACAUCUACAAGUAUAGGGGAAUAUAUAAAAAAUGUGUUUAAUAACUCAGAAACAUGAAGCACUUUGAUAAGUGUUAGUGUCUUUUCUAGUCAGAAAUUGUGAUGUACUUAACUUAAAUGUUUAAAUGAUGCUAAAAGCUUAUAAUGUACUUAUUUUUAAAUUAGGUGUAUUGAUGAUUUGUAUAGUUAACUACAUAUGCAGUGUUGUAGUUAGCAGUAUAUUACUUUAAAAUGAAAGAACUGGUUGAGAAAAUUCAGAGAAAGAUUUUCUCAA